CAUGGCGGAAUUGGAGAUUGGGCAGCACUGCGAGGUAGAACACUGCCAGCAGCUGGAUUUUCUACCUUUUGUGUGUGAUGGCUGCUCCCGAGUUUUCUGUCUUCAGCACAGAAGCCGGUCAGCUCAUGGUUGCUCUGAGGUAAAUCUGAAAAGUGAGGAAGUGAAACCAGAUCAUCACAAAUCUUUCUUGUGCUCGUACAGAGGUUGUGAUGGGAAAGAACUUGUACCAGUACUAUGCUCAUUUUGUGAAAAGCAGUUUUGCUUAAGGCACCGUCAUCAGUCAGACCAUGAAUGUGAGAAACUGGAAACCCCUAAGCCUCGCAUGGCUGUCACCCAACAACUUGUUAAAAAUAUUGUAGAUUCCAAGAAAGAAACCACAGGGAUGAAAAGAUGCAAAGGAGCCAAGAAUGCUGAAACAGCAGCAAAAGUGGCCCUAAUGAAACUAAAAAUGCAUGCGUGUGGGGAUAAGUCCUUGCCACUGAGUGAGAGAAUCUACUUCCAAGUAUUUUUACCAAAAGGAAACAAGGAGAAAAGCAAGCCCGUGUUCUUUUGUAGUAAAUGGAGCAUUGGCAAAGUAAUUGAUUCAGCAGCUUCCUUGGCAAACCUUAAAAACGACAACAACAAAAGCACCAGCAAGAAAUUAAGACUCUGCCACCCAGCAUCUGGAGAAGCUUUACCUUUGGACCACACCUUGGCAUCUUGGAUAAGCAACAAAGAAUGCCCCCUCUAUAAUGGUGGAAAUGUUAUCUUGGAAUAUCUUGAUAACGAAGCUCGGUUUUUAGAAGAUACAAAUUUAUAUGUAGAAUAAUUGCAGGAACCUCUUGAUACGUAAUAAUCAGAUUCAGUACAAAACAAGGUUCUUAGUCUGUUUAAAGCUGUGUGGCAUAAGGGGAGGUGGUUUAUUCACAGGAAUCAGUUUUAGAAAUAGACAUAUUAGAAUAUAGCUUACUCCAUUCUACAGUAGGACAAGGGGCUGAAUGACUUACACAUGUUUGUCCCCUGAUGCUUCUCGCGCUAAAGUGUGGUCUCCAUUGAAAAGUAUUGAGUCUGAUUUGGUAUCAGGAUAGUUUCAGAGGGCAGCUGUGUUGGUCUGCAGUAGAAGAGUAUAAGCUUUCAAGAGUCAAAGCUCCCUUCGCCAGAUAACGUCAUCCAAGUUGUCAUGACAUGCUCUGAAAAUCCCACCUGUGAUCUGUGCUGCCUCAUUAGCACACGCAAAUCACCGAAAAUUCAGAAGCUAGUUUCUGAUGAGCUAUAGAAGCAGCAGCCAAAGGAGGGUAGAAACAUUACUUGGAUUCUUGUCAACUCUACAGAGAAGCUGGCACUUAGAGAAACUUCUAGAAUGGGCGAUGGUGGAAUGUGCAGGCACAUGUUGGUUUGUGAAAAGGUUACACUUCCUUGUCACCAAGAUUUCUUUUGUCCCUGUUGCAGAAGACCUUGGCAUUUUCUUAACGCAGAUCUUGGUGAUUGAUUACAUCUUCUUAGUUUCUGAGUAAAUUUUCAAACAAGGAAAUAUGUGGUGAUACAAAGACACUUAUCUUCACCACCUCACAUCUACUGCUCCUGUGUUGUUCUCCCAAUCACUAGGCAUAGCACCAUGUGCACAGCCUCUGGAGCACUUUACUGCAUCACAAGAUGCAAUUUGAGAGACAGCAUGUGCAGUUCUUUCAUUCUAUCCUCUUACUUCAAAGCUAGCUGCUUCUCAGAGCUAAUUGGAAGAAUGGAAGUUGUAAACACUUUUUAUGCACUGCAAGUGCAUGCAAGAUAUGCCCAGCCCACGAUUGGUAGAUGAAACCCUGCUGAACUUUCCAUCAAUGCAAUAUGUGAUGUCUGUUACAGUAUACAGCAGGGAAUUUUCUGUGGCCCUGGUUUUACGGAAUUCCCUGCAGAAGGAAAGCUGAUUAACAUAAAUUUGCUGACCAUAGACACUAAGACAAGCUUUUGGGGACACGGGGGUUUUGAACCAAUGUGUGGUUCAUGGUUACAGUAGUGAUAUUUUAUAUCAGAGCAGCAUUUGGAGUUACAUUUAUCAGCAGAUUAAUAGCGUGUUUGGAAUCUGUUCUACACUCAUGAUGCAAGAACUAAAAGACCAUUCUCCUGCAUCAGACUAAAAAGUUUGUCUUGUCCAGCAUCCUAUUCCACAUAACUGGCAGCCAAAUGAUUUGGGGAACUCCACAAAGCAGGAGCCCAUUAAGCCUGUUGUUAUCACCCAGCAGCAGGCAUUCAGUGGCAUAGUGCUUUUGACUGUGGAGGUUCAAUUUUGCUAUCAUAGCUACUAGCAAUUGAUAGACAAAUGUAGCCUUUAUGUAUUUGAUGGUGUUAAAAACACAGUAAGCCAAAGCCAUGACACAGUGAGGAAGCAGUACAACCAUAUUACCUUUUAAUCAGGUGAGUGCUAAAUUGAAAAGAUGGCCAAAGCAUGACCCAAUUAAAUGUACAGCAGAAGUAUAACCAACUUUAACUGUUGCUGCAGCACUAAGACUGCUGCAGCUUUGCCCGUUUCAUUACAGGAAUGAGUUUGAGAAGUGCUGCAGCAGAAUUUCUUAAAAUUGUUACUCUAAUUAGAAGGCAAAUAACUCCUAGUAAAGGUAAAGGUUUCCCUUGGUCGAAAGCCAGU